UUGUGUCAAUGGCUGCUAUCACGAGCAGUUGAAAACCAGGCAACAUGUCGCCAGAGUACCGCUGGACUGACACGAGCAAUAACACUGACUCAACUAGCUUGCAUUUCUUGCGUCAAGAGUUCCAACAGUGGUGAUUCAAUCCAUAUUAGCCUCGUCCAUUUUACUGCUAUCAAAGAGGUAAUUGGCCUAUCUAUCCAAAUCCACACGACCAUGAAAAAUGUGACCUUUCAAACCUUACAUAUAUUGUACAGGAUGUUUCUGAUGACUGUGCUAAUAGAAAGUUUAUCGCGCGAUAGAGGGGAUAAUUCGAUCCGUCCUGAGGUCAGAAGUCUUCCUUGAGACUCGAUCAUUAUCCCAUAUGGCCUCGGUAACCGCGUCCUCCUCUAAUGACAUCUAAAUUGGUAUCCAGACUCACUAGCCAGACUCACUAGCGGGCUCGCUUACCACCAAGACACAGCCCAGUUCCACUACACGCCAUAACCGAGUUCUCAGAGCGGUACGAGUCGGGUCGAGCAGCUACGCAGACAAAGCAUAGUGGACACGAUGUGGUUCAUAAUAGUGUUUAAGCUAGCGCCCGUAUUGAAACCUUAAAAUGCUGUCGAGUGUACCGGCAAUUGAGCUGAGGAGCCGUACCUGCUCUGCAUAAGGUGGCCUUAACAGUUUAGAGUUUGAUAUGGCAAUGUCUUGCCUGUGUGUUGACAUGUUCACUGUAGACCCCUGAUCUAUGGUAACCUACUGCAGCACUUCAUACGAUUUUCUAGGCUUGGACGCAUCAUUUUCGCUCAACAAAAAACUGGUAAAACCAUUAUUGCUAGUCUAUACCUCGCAGGGAGUAGCGAGGCACCAAAAGAUCAUCGAUGCGCCCUGCGUCUACAUAACAGUAGCACCAUUUCUUUCGCGAAUCGACCGGAAGCAUAUCCUGCUUGAGUCUAGUUACACGCGACGAAAUGAAGAUCAAAUUCAAGUGCGUUGUGGGUGAGGCUGCAAGCGCUUUGUAGCAUGAAGCUUGGCUUUAUCUCCACUCGGAGACAUAUCAAGCUCCGGAAUGCUCGCACGCUCCGAAGCAGAUGAAGUCUAAAUUGGCUUGUUCUCACCGCACUCCGAUACCAUCCGUAUGUGGGGACUUUCCUUUCAAUGACUGAGACUCCACUUACUGCUUUGGCAUGGAUGAUGUCUGAGAUCGUCGUCGACGUGGAGAGGGUUCAGAAUUCCGUUGGUAGACUUUGGUUCACGAUAGAACAAAGUCAUGUGGUUUCUGAAAACAAUGGAAAUCAUAUCACAGUUCUCCUAGAGCUUGUAUACUGUGCGUGCCCUAUCUUGUUAAAAAGCUCACAGGCGACCAAGAUGGCAUGCACAAUGUACCAAGAAUGUACCAAGAUCCAUAUGCUUCUCCACUUAAUAGUUGUCUAGGCAUGGUACUUCGGUCACAUAUCUCCGAAUAGGCGAUCAUGGGAAAUUUCUUCCCUUAUAGCUAGAUCAUAUGUAUCUACAUGGAUCUCCCGAGUUCAUUCUGCUUCCACUUGCGGUUUCGAAUUCGUCCUCGAGCAGAUUUCGGGACCUUCCGAGGUUGACAUGUACGGAACGAAUGUGAAGGGUGAUGCAAUAUGGAAAUAGCUAUAUCCAAAUUCUACUAUUUGCAUGCUGUUUUUUGUUGGGGUUUUCAGGCAUUCUGGAAGCAGUACAUGAUAGCGUCACACUGCACGACGCUUCGACAGCACAUCGCCUUCGCGCGGCAACCCAUCUAUGUGCGAUGAUACACAAUGUCGGAUAUCAAUCAUACGAUAAAUGCUUACCACUUGUUCGAGCGGUUUUACCCCACGCACUCACACUACCCAACUAGCGUCAAGUGCGCCGAUGUUGGGGAUCGAAGGCUCCACGGAUACGUCACUUCCGAUAGAAGCUCGUGCGCGUAUCUUGUUCGAGACUGUCGGUACCCUAAACCUUACGGCCAUCUCGUCUCGUGGUCUUGGGUUGACGUUAUGUAUUGCGCGUUGCGCAUGAGACGAAGAGACUAGACAGGUAAAGAGCAGGAAUUUCGAGACCCUGAUCGUCGCUGUAUCCACUCUUUUUCCUUUUUCUCCCACUCUCCACCGCAACCACACCACACGGCAGUUGCUAGCCAAAUGACAUCCCCCACCUAUAUGUGUAGCGUCCCAGGCCCACAAGCAUGGUACUGUGCACAUGGCCGGACGCGCAUCCUGCGACAAAAGAUCGAAUGUUGCAUGUUUGAUAGUCUGGUUGAGUAGCGAGAACAGUAAAAAAUUCCUCGGGUCCAGGAGAAGAGGUGGAGAUGUAUCAUGUCUUUCUGGCCGUUGCAGGGUAUAACGGUCCUUUUC